CAAUACUGCAACUACUGCAAGUUCAUGGCUUCAACAUCACAAUCUACUACUUCAUCUGCCUCUUUCCGUCGUGCUUCUUUUUCUUAUGAUGUCUUUAUCAAUUUCAGAGGCCCAGAUACUCACACAAACUUUGUAAGUCUGCUUUACAAAGCUCUAAUGAGAGAGAAAAUCCAUACCUUCAUAGAUAGCGAAGAACUCUGGGAAGGAGAAGAGAUUUGCCCCUCGCUUCUAAGAGCAAUCCGAAGAUCUGAAAUCUCGAUUCCUAUCAUCUCUGAAAAUUAUGCAGAUAGCAAAUAUUGUCUCUUGGAACUUGCUGAAAUUUGGGAAUGCCAUAAAUCUAGCGGGCAAACCAUUCUGCCCGUAUUCAUUGAUGUGGAGCCACGGGAUGUUCGACAUCAGACCGGAAGUUUUGAGAAACCAAUUCAGGAACACCAGAAGAAGUAUAAGUCUGACGACGUAGAGAGUUGGAAGAAUGCUUUGACAGAGGUGGGGAAACUCAGGGGAUGGACUCUCAAGGGGAACGCAACUAUUGAGGAUCAGUCAAAUUUAGUCAAGUUAAUUGUUCAAAGGACUUUGAGAGAACUAAAUAGCACCCCCUUGGAUGAAUGUAAACACCCUGUUGGAAUAGAUUCCCACAUUGAUAAACUACUUCCUAUGUUAAAUAUUAGUUCCGAUGAUGUAAGAUUUCUGGCAAUAUGUGGCAUGGGCGGUCUUGGAAAAACAACUAUUGCAAAGGUUGUCUAUAAUUGCAUCUUUAGAAGCUUUAAUGGAAGUUGCUUUCUUAUAAAUGUGAGAGAAGAAGCUUCACAAGGAAAUAAGGGUUUAGUUUCUUUGCAGAAGCGACUUCUUAAAGAUAUCUUGAACAUGGAACAGGACAUAAGCAAUUCUUCCCAAGGAUCAAAAUUGUUAGAAAGGAGACUUCAUAAAGAAAAAAUUCUUCUUAUUCUCGAUGAUGUGGACGAUUUGGCAACUUGA